AUGGCAUGUUCUUCUUCUUUCAUUACAUACUCUUUGGAGUAUGGAUUCAGUAGUAGGAGAAAGAAUUUUCAGAGAUAUCAACCUCGGUCGGUCUUCCCUUUGAUCAAGGAGUUCAUAGUCGGCGUUGAUUGUGCGGAAAAUGAGUUGAUACGGAGACUAACAGAAGGAGAAACCAGGCGCUCAGUCAUUUCGCUUGUAGGAUGCGGCGGAAUUGGUAAGACCACUCUUGCGAAGAUGGUCUAUCACAACGAAGUUGUGAGGAAGCACUUCAAUUGUCGCGCUUGGAUCACCAUCAACCGGACGUAUAGUAUGAAGGAGAUACUGAAGGUCAUGUUGAUAAAGGAGAUUGGCAUAGAAGGGACGCAAUUUGAAGAGAUUGAGUUGAUGAAGAGACAAGAGCUAAUAGGAAUUCUGAGGCAAUCUUUGAGGUCAAAAAGGUAUGUGGUUGUGUUUGAUGAUGUUUGGAGAGAAGAGUUUUGGAAUGUUAUGAGAGAUGCUUUGCCCGAUGAUGACAAUGGCAGUAGAGGAAUUAUCACAUCGCGUAGCGAUAUUGUUGUUGCUUCAUGUGUAGAAAGCUUGUUCGAUCAUGACCACAGGCUAGAGCCUCUUUCAGAAGCAAUGUCUUGGGACCUUUUCUGUAGAAUAGCCUUCCAAUAUGACCCCGAACGGCGUUGUCCUCCGGAGUUGGAGAAAAUUUCCUUUGAAAUUAUUAGGAUCUGUGAAGGUCUUCCCCUUGCAAUUGUAGCCAUGGCUGGUUUAAUGUUGACGAAGGACAAGGAAGCGUUAGAACAGGAUCUAGUUAAAACAGGACAAGUUCCACCAUAA